AUGGCAAGGACGCUGACUAUCUUGACGUCUCCAACACCAUUCUCCACUGCUAAGAGCAUGAUCUGGCUGUUACUGUCUCUCCUGCUUCUCUCCCGCCUUGGCCCAGGGAACUCAGUUUCAGAAGCCAGCUCACCCCCACUGGUUGUGAACGGGGUCCUGGGGGAGUCUGUAACUCUUUCCUCAAACUUUACUGCGAAAGAGAAUAUCAUGUCCAUCACCUGGCUUCACAAGGGAAACUCUGUCAUCUUCAUAUCGCCAAAAGAAGCAAAAAUACAGGUGACUGAUCCAAAACGGAAAGAUCAACUGAAUGUCACCAAGUCCUACUCCUUGCAGAUCAACAAUCUGACAAUGGCAGACGUGGGACAUUACCGUGCCCAGAUAACCACAUCAACCUCUUAUCUGAACACCGAUUAUAACCUGCAGAUCUUCAGACGACUGAGCAACUUACAAGUAGCCCAUCACACCAAACGGUCUGAAAAUAAUACUUGUGAGAUCCAGCUGACCUGCUCUGUGGAGAAUCCAAAUGAUAACGUCUCAUUCAGGUGGCAGGUUGCAGGAAAUCCAUAUCAUAGUGAAACAAAUCUCUCUAUAUCCUGGGACCCUAAGAGCCUCAGUGAAGAGACCUACACCUGCAUAGCUGAGAAUCCUGUCAGCUCUUUAUCCUCCUCUGUCUCUGACAAGAGUGUCUGUGAAGGUGUUAUUAAUGGGAAAAAUGAAUACCUGGAUAUCAGAUGGAUUAUCAUUGUGGUUGUUUUGACAUGUAUAUUCUUCAUUGCAUUGAUAUUUAUAUUUGUUCAGAGGAGAAAAGUAGCAGGUUUCUUUCAAUUCUCUACUCAGCAAACCCAGUGUCCUGCAGAGACUGUGAGUAACUUAGAGUACGCUUCCUUCUCUUCAGGGAACACUGUGUAUGCGCAGGUCACCCAUUCAAACAAGGAAACAAAAAGCUCAAAUCCUGUGAAAAACUAUGACUCCACCACAAUCUACUCUGAAGUUAAUCAUCCCCAAGAGAGGAAGACCAUUUAUUCCAAGACAACUGCCCAUCGCAACGUCGUUUUUAGAAGUACCAACCAUGGCAGUCAGAGAAGAAAAGAAAAGAAAUCCAAAUUCGAAAAGAAGUAA